GCCCGAACACCAGACGAAGAUGUCUUCGGCUGCACCUUAAUGAUCGAAGACAUCCAACCUAGCCAUAUCGAAUACUUAGGCGAAAGACUUUCCAUCGACCCAGUAUUCUUCGCAGGCUAUCUCGGAACGGAUUACAGAGCCGUGGAACAACACCCGUUACCGUUAUGGGCCACAUCCCUACCAUCCGAAUCCGCGACCCAGGAAUUCUGCCACUUACAUUAUCAGCGUGUUGUCAAGCUUGAGAGAAGCUUGAAGACGCCGCCCGAGACAACGCUUCUUGUUUCCGCGACUAACGUACCUCGGGCUGUGAAGCGAUUGACCCCGUUGAGUGGUGUGGAUGUUGCGCUGGCGAGGACUUGUACUUCAUUUGAUCGUCUCGUUGCUUGCAUUACGCGCGAAAAUACACUUAGCAUGGAGAAACCAAGCAUGAUCUCACUCUGUCUCAAUCCGUUGCGCCUCGCUCUUCGAGAGUUUCUGGUCUACUCAAUCACGAUGAAUCGAUACGUCAGGUACUAUGAGUACUCCUUGAAGGAUGUGGAUCUCUCUGUUCGAGAAGGCGACCUCAACGACCUGCAGAUAUGGCGGCGGCGAGCAUUUCAAACUCUGCAGAGACUGUUCGCUAUGCAUGAUUUUGUGGAGCACUGGAACACUAAAGAACGGCCGCCCGAAGAGUCUGAAGCAUCUCUUGGAGCCUGGUUGAUCAAGGAUAUUCAACACUUGAUAACUGCCAUCGAGCACCAUAGUCGAUCCUUAGAGACGAUGAUUCCGGUGACGACGGCAAUGGUUCAGCUCGCCGACGUCCGUCGAUCGACGGAGGAGGCUUCGCACGUCAAACAGUUGACGUACCUGGCGCUCGUCUUCAUCCCAUUGUCGUUUGUCGCAAGUCUGUUUAGUAUGUCUGAGAAAGUAGCACCUUGGAGCAGAAACUUCUGGUUAUACUUUGUGGUUGCUGUGCCACUUCUACUCUUUGUCUUGGCAGCGAGCUGGCUGAUGCCUUUUAGAGGCCACACAGCGAGACAUAAGCAAAAGAUGAGAUGA